AUGGCACGGCACCCUUUAGGGAAUAUGUACGCAAUGACGGCAGAAAGGGCACGGGAGUACGGUUUUGUGUCCCACUACAAUCACACAGGGAGUGAGGCGUCAGACAAACUAGCCAACAACAUCACCCUGACAAGCGAAGAAUGGGUACAGUUGUUGACCGGUCCCGUGCAAUUUAUAACGCAGAGUGGCGGCUGGGGUGGUGCGGGUUUUGACGCAACAGUGCUCCCUCAACUUCUUUUAUGUUUUCCCUGGGUUAUUGCUUUCCUGAUGUUUCGGGUCUUCACCCAAAGGCAGCUCAUACGUGUCGGUCUUUGGUUGCAAGUUGUUGUCCCUAAAGGUGGCACUGCGGCGACAUUAAGCAAUUCACAGCGGCGGAAACUCAAGAAGUUCCAGAACCAGGUGUGGUUGGCAACGUAUUACAUUGUCUCUACCAUCUUUGGGUACGCCGUGCAGAUUGGAAAGCCGUGGUUUGGCCUUCCCGUGAGCAAAGCAAAUCGUGUUGCAUUGCUUACCCCGCACCCUUACAAACCGGGCAACGGUUUACUAUGUUAUUAUCAGUACGGACUCGGAUUUUAUAUCGCAGAAAUGUUAGCGCUUCUUACAGAAUAUGACAUCAAGCGAUCGGAUUUUGUCGAAUACUUUAUUCACCACAUCGUAACGGUCGCACUUAUCGUUGUAUCGCACUGCAGCUACGAGCACCGCUUCGGAGUGUAUGUAUUGUUAAUUCAUGACGCCAGUGACAUUAUGCUGGCUUUAAGCAAGAUCCUGAACUAUGUUUUAGGCGCACAAGCAAAGAGGACGCGGCAGCGCAAAGCUGGUAAGAAGGUAGACGUGGUGGAGGCAAAAUCCUCAUUUCUUUACAGAAUGAUAUUUUGUGAAACUACAAUGAACAUAGUUUUUGUCGCAUUUACGGCAGUUUUCGUUUUCUUUCGAUUGGUUUGUCUUCCGUACCUCGCCCUAUCAAACAUUGUUUAUGGUGUGAAGAUACGAAUGUUCACCUGGAGUUACUGUUUGUUAAUUUUUCUGCUGCAGGUAGCGCUUCAGGGGUUACACAUUUACUGGUUCACAAUCAUCGUGAAAGUUUUGAUCAAUACAGCUCUGGGAAGUCGUGUAGAUGACAUUCGCUCUGAAGACGACGAAGACGAUGGUAACGUCAGGGAGAGAGCCUCGUUCAAGCACUCCAAGACGUCGUAG